ACUCCUAAGGCCUCGCGAUAAACGGAAUUCACCCACUUCACUAGCAAUGGACAGCCUGAUAGCAAAGGCAGAUUCCCUUCGACCGGUUUCGAAACGUCGAAAACUCGAUAAUGGCUCUAGUUCCAAACCAAAACCUUCAGGCUCAGACGACCACACACUUCACUCAAUUAACCAGCACACCGCUGUUCCCAAAUCGCUCCGUCCGACCUCCCCGCCACCAGAAAAUGCCAAGUCAUAUUCACACAUUCAAAACCCCAAGCUGCGGCAAAAGCUGACCAGGGAAAGCGCACACGCAGCACGAGCGAAAGCUUUAGUCCAAGAUGCCGAAUUAUUACUUCAGGAAGAUGCUGGUGGAAUGCAGGUGGAGGGUGAGAUGGAGAAAACGUGGAGAGUAGGUCAGGAUGAAGUUGUGAAAGCUUCGGGACAAGAGGCUGCGAAAGGGAGGAAGGAGUGGACAUUAGAUGGUGGGCCGUACCGAUCGAGGUAUACGAGGAACGGGAGACAUCUUGCUGUUGUGGGCAAGAAAGGUCAUGUCGCUACGUUUGACUGGCAAACAGGGACAUUGCACUCCGAGUUGCAGCUGCAAGAGACAUGCCGCGAUAUAACGUUCUUGCAUGACCACUCGCACUAUGCGGUGGCACAAAAGAAAUAUGUCUUCAUCUACGACCGAGACGGUGUGGAACUGCAUCGCCUCAAAUCACACAUAGAACCAACACGCCUAGAGUUCCUUCCAUACCAUUGGUUACUAGCUAGUGUCGGUAACACAGGAUACCUCAAAUAUCAAGAUACCUCAACCGGCCAACUCGUAGUCGAACACCGCACAAAACUUGGUGCAUGUACAACCAUGGCCCAAAAUCAUCACAACGCUGUCAUUCACCUCGGACAUCAAAACGGUACUGUUACCCUCUGGACGCCCAACCUGCCCCACCCUGCUGUCCAGCUUCUAGCUCACUUAGGACCUGUGGUCGGGUUGAGCGUCGACCCAAGUACGGGUGGACGAUAUAUGGCCACAAGUGGUCAAGACGGGUUGGUAAAAGUAUGGGAUUGUAGGAAUUGGAAGGGUGCGGUGAGGACUUGGCAGGCGAGAGGUGGGGUUGGGGAGGUUGAGUGGAGUCAGAGAGGUGCAUUGGCUGUCGCCAGCGGUGGAAGCGUUAACGUCUACACCAAACCAUCUAUCCAAACACCAUUUGCCCCCGUAACACCACCACCUCUUUACCUGACCCAUCCGAUCCCCCAUCGACCACUCACCUCCCUUCGAUUCUGUCCCUUCAACGAUAUCCUUACCAUUGGUCAUAAUGCUGGGCUGUCGAGUAUCCUCGUACCAGGGUCUGGAGAACCCAACUUUGACAGUAGUGAAGCGGAUCCGUUCGAGAACAAGAAACAGAGGAGGGAGAGGGAGGUUAAGAGUCUUUUGGACAAGAUUCAACCGGACAUGAUUUCCGUUGACCCAGACUUUGUUGGUUCUCUCGCCCCCGAACCCAAGCUCUCUACUGCGGUGACCGAAAACGCAAAGAACGAGAUUCCCUUCGCGCGUCUUCCCAGAUACGAGAGGUUACGUGUACAGGGUAAGGCUGACGAGACUGAGAUGAUGAGUGCGGAUGAAGCGGAAAAUGCUGAAGGUGAUGAUGAUGAGAAGAAGACCAAGGGGAAGGAGGAGAAGGAGAAGAGAAAGAUGCGGGGAAAGAACAAGAGUUUGAAACGGUACUUGCGGAAACAGCGCAAGAACGUCAUCGACCCCCGCGCCGUGGCAGUUCGCGAGAAGCUCGCUAAACAACGAGAGGAGCGGGAGAAGAGAAGGAAGGCGGAGGCUCAGGGUGGAGAGGGCGAGAGGAAGCCGAGCGCAUUGGAUAGGUUUAAGCGGGCUUCGUAGGUGCUGGUAGACUUCUAGGCCGAUCCUCACAUAUGUUUCACUUCGUAUGCUAUCACAAUUUUAGGUGCUACAUUCCACUAGCAACGGAUGAAACUGUUCAUGAUGUUCAGGUAACCAUCUUACGGUCGGCAUAACCAUAUUCGAGACUAAGCAUACGAACUGGCUCUCGAUUCAAAAGGACGACAAUACACUACGAGCUAUAAAUACAAAUGGAGAUACGGAUACAUAACAAUCAAGCAUAAAAAUACAGUUCG